AUCACGAUGUCCCCGCCUUCUUCCGAAUGACCAUGGAGGAAUUGCUAGAAAGCAAGCAUCCAACUGCAUGGAUUGAGUUUGAAAAGGGGAAGAUAAGUGAGGCUGAGUUAGAAAGAAUUUUUUUUAAAGACGGGAGGUCUUUUGAUCUCGAAGGCCUCAAGAACUGUAAGAGAAGAGGAUAUUCUUACAUUGAAGGUGUUGAGGAAUUACUUGGUGUGUUAAAGGCAAAUGGCUAUGAAAUCCAUGCUUUCACAAACUAUCCUAUAUGGUACACAAUGAUUGAAGAGAAAUUGAAGCUUUCGAAUUACUUAUCUUGGACAUUCUGCUCCUGUGUAAUGGGAAAGCGGAAGCCUGAUUGUGAUUUUUAUUCGGAUGUUCUGAUACAUCUAGACAUUGAGCCAGCCAGCUGUAUUUUUGUUGAUGACAGACUAAGGAAUGUUGAAGCAGCCAUUGAAGCAGGUAUUAAAGGCCUUCAGUUCAAGAAUGCAGAUGUUCUGCGCAAAGACCUAUUACUUCUGGGUGUUGACAUUCCAACAGGUGAAAGUAGUUAAGAUCUGGCUCAGUGUUCUUAGGCCUGCCGCAAUCCCUCGCCCGAAAACAGGGGCACAUUGUAUGCAUAUUCUUUUGCCACAUCAACAAGAAAAGUGCAUCUUCUUUUGAAUGAGCUGUUUGGAGGUAUGUAGAGAGAAGGUAAGAAGAGUUUGACGUCGAGCUGUUCAUGUUUCUGCAAAACUCAUCUUCAAAAAGAGAAAAAAAUUGUAUCUUGUUAUAUGUGACCAUGCCACCAAAUCCAUGUAAAUUGGGAAGAGUAUGAUGUAUCUUCUGGCUGUAAUUCUUUUUCUUCAAUUUCUGAGGUAAUCUGCAUCACAUGAUAUACUUUCACACAUGGUUUAAAAAGGCGCGCACCUGAAAGUGACGUGUACGGAGAAGGUUCCCAGGCUUGAGCUUUUUUCCCAAGAUAUAAGAGGAUAUGCCUCAAAAGUCGGUGCACUACGACCUGAGGUGUGCCUUGAGGCAUUUUUUAAGGCGAUUUUUCUUUGUUUAUAUUUUUCAAAGGGUUUAAUGCACCGAAGCCCUUGUCAUAUAAAAAAUCGGUGCAUUACAUCUUGUGAUUUAAAAAAGGUGUCAAACUUCUCUGUGUUAUAAAUUUAUAAUUAAUCAUGCGUAAAAUCCCUUCAAGAAUAAAUUUAACCAUUUGAAU